GUCCACUUUUCAAUUCUUUCAUUCUCUCUCAUCCAAAGUUGAAAAUCAUUCUCUUUGAAAUGGUAGAACCUUCAGGAAAGAUCCUUAGACGAACCCUAGAUGAAAACUUAGAUGGAGAAACCGACAACAUUGAUAGACUGAGUGCACUUCCAGAAUCUAUUCUUCUCUACAUUAUUUCAUUUUUGGAACUCAAAGAAGCUGCAGCCACUUCAAUUUUAUCCACAACCUGGAGAGAUCUUUUCUUACAAUUUGGCCGUAUUGUGGUAACUUUCAAUGAACAAGGGGUUUCUUUUUCUGAGCAUCAUAGGCUCUUUGACAUCUUUGUAGGCUUUGUUAAUAGAAUGCUUCGAGAGAGAAAUCCAGAAAUACCCAUUAAAGUUAUAAGGGUAACUGUGAAGAAUUUCACUGAAAGGAUGAAACUGGGUUAUGAAUCGUUGUUGAUGUCCACAGCUUUUGCAAUGUCCACUUGCAAAGUGGAGACUAUUGAUUACAGUUUUGAUAUGUGUUUUGAAAGAAAUGAGCCACCUUCAAUUGUUCUUCCAUCUGAAAUGUUUAUAUCAGAGACUCUAACUGGUUUGCGUCUAAUUCUUCCUAGGGGGUGGGUUCUUCCAGAAAAUGUUUGGUUGCCCAAGCUAAGGUAUGCUCACUUAAUUCCUUUUAGAUUGGUGGAUGAGAAUUCAAUUCAAAGGUUUCUGGACGGGUGCCCUAGGCUAGAAAAUGUGAUGUUUAUAAUGAAGGAUGAGACUACUGAAGUAAAAAAUCUUCACAUGUCAAGUUCCUCCUUGAAAUUUGUAAUGCUUGAUUGGCAUGUGAUAGAAGAAACAAAUAUGAGUAUCACUGUGAAGGCUGAAAACCUUUUGAGGUUGUUUUUAUCUCUUAGGGGAGGUCACAAAGUGAAUGUGGAUGCACCAAAUCUGAAGUUCUUCUCCAUUGAGGGUCAAGCGCUUGAACUGAACAUGAUUCAAAGUGUUCCUUCGAUGGAACAAGCAACUAUAGCCACUGAUUGUAUGUUUCACUUCUCAGAUUGGAAUGACUUUUAUUCACGUUCUGCAAAAACGUGUGCCUUUUUUGGAGAGUUUCAAAACCUGAGAUCACUCAACAUAUCAGAACCCAUCAUGAAGGCUCUAUAUGUUUCUAAACCGGUGAUGCCCACUUUCAGAAACCUGUACAAGAUAAGGCUUAUCCCUCGUUAUUGUAAAGAUGAUUUUACCCGAUACUGGAUUGCACAUGUGUUAUUCAACUUGUUUGAAAAGUGUCCUAACCUUCAAGUGCUUUCCUUUAAAAAGGUGUUCGACAACUACUUUGGCGAGGUUGAUUUUCAAUCUGUUUUCCCUGUUAGCAUGGUUCAAAAUCUGAAGAAAUUAGAAAUUUGUGACUUCAGAGGCCUAGAAAUGGAAUACAAGCUGCAUACGUGUGGAGAGGAAAGUCCUACAUCCAAGAAGAUUUAUUUAUCUGAGGAUGACCAUCUUGGUGCAUUACACAAGAUUUCUGACAUCAUUGUAGAUGAGUCGAUGAUGGUUCCAUGGGAUUCUACUAUAUUUGAAAGAGACUCUGAGAUCCCACUAUACUUGCAUAGGCAAGAUUUCUUGAAGCUUGGGUCGAGGAAAGAAGAUUUUAAUAUUACCCUCUUUUAG